UCAAAGAUGGCGGCGGAGGGAGGAGGGAAGGAGAUGAACGAAAUUAAAACUCAGUUCACCACUCGGGAAGGCAUCUACAACUCCUCACUCACCUUCCGAUAUAGCCGUCCUAACAGGGUGCCUUUCAACUCGCAAGGCUCCAACCCCGUCAAGGUCUCCUUCGUAAACGUCAACGACCAGUCGGGCAACGGCGACAGGAUCUGUUUCAAUGUGGGCCGUGAGCUCUACUUCUACAUCUACAAAGGCGUUAGAAAGGCUGCUGAUUUGAGCAAGCCCAUAGACAAGCGCAUAUACAAGGGGACGCAGCCCACCUGUCAUGACUUCAACCACCUCACAGCAACAGCAGAGAGUGUGUCCCUGUUGGUGGGUUUCUCAGCAGGACAGGUACAGCUCAUUGAUCCUAUCAAAAAGGAGACGAGCAAGCUCUUCAAUGAAGAGAGACUAAUAGACAAGUCCAGAGUAACAUGCGUGAAAUGGGUGCCAGGCUCUGAGAGCCUUUUUCUGGUCUCUCAUGCCAGUGGAAAUAUGUACCUGUACAAUGUGGAGCACACUUGUGGCACCACUGCACCACACUACCAGCUGCUCAAACAGGGAGAGAACUACUCUGUACACACUUGUAAGAGUAAAUCCACUCGGAAUCCUCUCCUAAAAUGGACAGUGGGUGAGGGGGCACUGAACGAGUUCGCCUUUUCUCCAGAUGGAAAGUUUCUAGCCUGUGUAAGUCAGGAUGGCUUUCUUCGGGUUUUUAACUUUGAUGCAGUUGAGCUACACGGCACCAUGAAGAGCUACUUCGGUGGCUUGUUGUGCGUGUGCUGGAGCCCUGAUGGAAAAUACAUAGUUGCAGGUGGAGAGGACGAUCUAGUGACUGUGUGGUCGUUCUUGGACUGCAGAGUCAUAGCCCGAGGCCACGGGCACAAGUCGUGGGUGAGUGUGGUGGCUUUUGACCACUACACUACCAGUGUGGAAGAGAGUGACCCGAUGGAGUUCAGCGGCAGCGAUGAGGACUUCCAGGAUCAGAUGAUCCACUUUGGACGAGACCGGGCCAAUAGUACGCAAUCUCGACUCUCCAAGCGCAACUCCACGGACAGCCGGCCUGUUAGUGUCACAUACCGGUUUGGCUCGGUGGGCCAGGACACUCAGCUGUGCCUAUGGGACCUCACUGAGGACAUCCUUUUCCCCCAUCUUCCUCUCUCACGGACACGGACACACACUAAUGUGAUGAAUGCUACCAGCCCCCCUGCGGGUGCUACAAUAAUCACUAACACCUCUAGUAACACUACUAAUGGAAACAACAGUGGUGCCAAUACUCCUGGCAUUAACUCCCUGUCUACUACAUUACCACGCUCCAACAGCCUACCCCAUUCAGCCGGCACCACGACAACGCAAACAAUACUAACCAAUGCUGGCAGUGGCGGUGGCAUUGGCAGUGGUAUUAUGGACAGCGCCAUGGCUACAGGUGUGAGUAAAUUCGCCACGUUGUCACUCCACGCGAAGGAGCGCCAUCACGAGAAGGACCACAAACGCAACCACAGCAUGGGUCACAUCAGCAGCAAGAGCAGCGACAAGCUCAACCUGCUGACAAAAACCAAAACGGACCCUGCUAAGACUGGCACUCUGCUUUGCCCACGCAUGGAGGACGUGCCCCUCCUCGAGCCCCUCAUCUGUAAAAAGAUAGCACACGAGAGACUGACUGUCCUCAUAUUUUUAGAGGACUGUUUAGUGACUGCUUGUAUGGAGGGAUUUAUUUGCACAUGGGCGAGACCAGGCAAAGUGGGUUUAUUGUCAUCCCAAAACCAAGCCAGCUCUCCCAGUGGAACAGUAGUAUAGCCACAAUAUUUCUGCUGCUAAAGAACCCUGCAACCCAGAGUCUGAUGCUGCUCUUCACCCUGCAAGCAUUGCAAGUUUUCCUUUUUCUUUUAUACCCCCCCUCCCCUCCUCCUCCUCCCUCCUUUCUAAUUUUUUUUUUUUUUUUUUUUUUUGUUAAUGGCUUCUGUGUUCUUUUUUGUUUAUCACUCACUUGACCUAGAGGAGGAAUGAAGCAAGAAAAGGUGUGGUUGUGGACUCUAAUGGCGCUAAUGUAUUCUUCUCUGGAGUUUAACAUUUUUAGAUUUUUAAAAAAAAAAAAAAAAACCUUCCUAUCACGUCCAGACCUCAUCAGACUGUUGUCCUCUCUGGAAUUCAGGCUUGGCUUUGUUAGAUGCAAACCAGACAACUGUGGCUUGAGAUUAAAGGGAUAGUUCAUUUUAAUUUUUCAUAUACUCUGUAUCAAGUUUGCGGUGUAGCUCGGUCUCAGCUUUAAGGGUUACCGACUACAAAGAUAUGAACUUAAGCUGAACUAUCCCUUCAUGACCAAGUGCGUGAGCAUCUGAAAACUUUGCAUCCAUCCACAUUCACCACCACUUCUGUCUUUUCUUGAGUAGAAUCUCCCCAUCAACAACUUUUGCACUGAUUAUUAUUUUUUUGUUAGUUUUUGUUUUUAUAACUACUCUAAUGGAACAAAAAGAGGGUUGAGGACUGCCUUGUCGCACUCGGCUUUAACAUCCUCAGUCUUGAAAUCUGAAUCUAUAAAGCUGGAUGCUGCAAUCAUAGUCUUUUAAAAAAAUUGUUUGCACUUAAAUUAGUUUAUUAGAAGAAAAUGGCUUACAUUUUUGGGUGUGCUCAGAACUCACAGAUGGCUAAUACAGUAGGUGAAGAAAAAUGAUAAAAACUAUUAAAAACCUUUAUCUAUUGAGCAUUUAUUUUAAUAUUAUUUCAGAUUCAAUCUGCUCUGUAUCAUAAUGUGUAUAUUGUAAUUAAUUGAUUUGAUGGGGGCCUAAGCAAACUACCUUACUCCAGUGGAAGUUUUGUCAUUGAUAGUUAUAUUUCUAAAGCCUAAAGUAUACAUAUUAAUAAUAUUAAAAUAGAUCUUGAAUACA